AUGGCGGAGCUUCUGGAGGCGGUGGCUAGCAGGGGGGACUAUGCCUCCAACAUGGUAACGUCUGCAGAGAUCCGCCCCGAACCAGAGAGAGGACCGGAGAGGGGUCAGAUUCGCCUUAGUCCAGUGUCUCGUGAGGGCUGCCAAGAAAUUUACGGCAUGAACACACCCAACCACUGGCCAGAGUAUGAUUUGAGUACCCGGGUGGCUGCAACUAGAGAAAAAGCAGAGAUGGAGAAACCUACAAUGCACAUGCUCUCCGUGCAGGAGAAGGGGGGCCAGACACGGCAGACGACCCAGUACGUGGCAGCCGUUGCAGCUGCCAUCGGAGCCGUUAUAGCGGGCACCAUUCUGGCCUGGACUUCACCAGCCUUACCUCAGCUGAUCCCCAUGCCCUCCCAAUCCGAUAAUACCAAUAAGACAACAGUCAACUUUGUUAAUAAUAAUGGGACCCUGAUCAACUCCUUGGGGCAGCCUGCAGAUUUUCUUCUAGACACCAAAGACACUAUCGGCGCGUUGAUCGUGGCGUUGCCCGUGGGGUAUCUGGCCCAGAAGCUCGGCCGGAAGCCUACCAUCCUCCUGCUGGCGGUGCCGUUCAUGCUCAACUGGUUGCUCAUCAUCUUCGCCAACGGGGCGGGCAUGCUUAUCGCCGCCAGAUUCGUCGCUGGUCUCGGCACUGGUGGCAUCUGCGUAGCCGCACCGAUGUACAUAGGCGAGAUCGCAGAGACCUCCAUCAGGGGGUCUCUAGGUGCCUUCUUCCAGCUAUUUCUGACUGUGGGCAUCUUAUUCACGUUCGUGAACCGUCGGCGUGAUGCUGAGAAAGCGCUUCGUUGGUUGCGUGGACCUGAUGCCGAUCUGGCAGGUGAACUAGAAGAUAUGCAGAAAGAAGUGGACAACGCUUCUCGCCAAAGAGGUGGAAUCGGCAGCAUGUUCACACAAAGAUCGACCUGUAUGGCCUUCAUCUGUUCUCUAGGCCUCAUGUUCUUCCAGCAGUUCAGCGGGAUCAACGCCGUCAUCUUCUACACCAACCAGAUCUUCCAAUCUGCUGGAUCCGAUAUCCCCCCAGGCAUCGCUACAAUCAUUGUUGGCGUAGUUCAAACGAUCGCUACUUACAUAUCCUCUUUACUCAUCGAACGAGCCGGCCGAAGAAUCCUUCUCCUCCAAAGCAGCAUCAUCAUGGGAAUCUGCUUAGUCGUUCUCGGAGUCUACUUCAAAUUGCAGGAAAACGGCUUGGAUUUGGCCGCCAUAGGAUGGCUUCCUUUAGUCUGUUUGGUCCUUUUCAUAAUCUCCUUCUCUAUGGGCUUCGGCCCAAUACCUUGGAUGAUGAUGGCGGAGCUUUUCCCAGUCGAAUUUAGGGGCACAGCUUCCGGCAUAUCGGUUAUCGUCAAUUGGUUAUUGGUGUUCGUUGUCACUUUAUGCUUCCCCUUAAUGAAGGACGCUAUCGGUAUUUACAGUUGUUUCUGGUUCUUUGCCGCUUUCAUGGUGCUGUGCACUUUCUUCGUGUUCUUCUUAAUACCGGAAACGAAAGGUAAGACCAUCUCUCAGAUUCAGGCUAUACUUGCCGGCAGAAAGUCGUAAGUAGAAUAAAUACAUGCGUGGAUUCACAGGACUUUAAAAAUUAGCUGCUUUGUGAAACUAAUACCGAUAAACAUAGACUUACGCCAUAUAUCCCAUAUGGAGCCGUCAAAGCGUCAAAGAUGAGGUGCAAAUCAGUCCAAAAUCACACCUCAACGAUGCCACAUUAGACAUUGGUUGGGUCUAACAUAAAUUCAAUACUUACUCCGUAUAUUAACUUCGGGAGGUGAAUGAUAAAAUAUGUGAUUAAUUCCGAGUGAUUUCAUAUUGAUGAGGUGUUAUGGAAAGUUAUUUUUGAAGCAGAGGAGUUUUUUGAGAGGAGGUAGGUACCUCCAAAUUUUGGUUAUCAAAUUUUAUGAUAACAAUAUUAACGUAAUUUACAAAAAACUUGCAUGUAAUGCACAUUUGAGCAUUACAUGCAAGUUUGUAUGUACGUCUUAUAUCGCAUUGUACUAAGUUAUUUAAGAAAAGAAGAUUUAUAGCUCUUUUUUUAGCUAGGUAGGCAAAUGUCUCUACCCCACCUGAUGUUAAGUGGUGGUAAAGUCUAGAGGCGAAGACAGCUGGUGCAGCAGUUAUAAACUGCCACACCAGCCAUCCUCACCUUGCCGGCCUGCGAAAAUGCUUCUUCACGCCAUUCUUACAGGACCCCAGAUUGUAGGAAGGAGGGGAACACGUGCGCGGGCAAAAAAUCAGUCACCUAAUUUCUUUGUUCGUGUAGGAAUAGAGGCUAUAUAAGUCGGUGACAACGCAGGCCAGCGCACGUGGUCCUCUGAAGGAAAGGGGAAGGUGGGAAAAGGAAGUAGUCCGCAGAACACUAAAAGAUGAUGACAAAAAUGUAUGUUAAUCCAAGAGAGUUAUAGAAAAAAUGUGCAUAAAACCAUUAAGGAAAACACGGCAGAUAGAAUCAGGGCUAUAAAUCAUGCUUCGUGCCCCACCACAUUUAAAGAAGAAUACUAAACUUUCGUACUGAUUUUUUUACUUUUUAUUUCCAUCUGAAUGAGGUGUAUUAAGGUUUAGUUAUUACGAAACCGUUGUUAUUUUACAAUAAUGAACGGAUAGAGAGCAUUAGUAUAAUUAACUUAUACUAGUACAUUAUAUAAUGAUCACUCGUGUGUUAUCCCAAAUUAUUUUUUGGAUUAAGACGACCAAAGAUAAAUAGGUAAUUUUUACAAUGUAAAUCCAACAUACGAAUAAAAAUAAUUUGACAAAAUCUCUUGCAAUCGAGUCAUAGAGCAUUAUUAUUACGACGUGCAUAAACUUUUUAAAAGUGUUUUUUUUUUAUAUAAGUAGAAAUUUUGAAAAGUAAAGUUAAUAUGAAUGUUUGUAUUUUUAAGUCAGCUUUUACUAUAAUACGGUUUCUCCGUUGCUUAGAAUGAACUACACAUUUCCGUCAAUAAUGUUGGUUAGAGAAUAGAAAAUGACAAUUUUAAUUUUAAUAUUAUUUUAUAUUUUUAUGAUACAUAUGAAAUGUAAUAAUUUCAUUGAUUGAUUGCAUUUGAUCAUGUACAAACUGUUAGUAGCUAAAGUUUUUAGUACAGUUGAUUGAUACAUUUAUUUAUUAUAAAAAGUAAGUCCAAGAGUGAGUGAGCGUGUUAUGGGUUUUUAAAAGGCCUGCACAGACCAGGGGAAAUUGUCUAAGCUUGUUUGAUUCCAUGUCCCUUUUGUCCCAUUAUUCAGACCCCAAACUUGAAAUUCUUUAUACUAAUUUAAUGUCCAUUGCUUUUCAACUAAAAUUCUUUUAGGAAGAUAUAUUUUAAUUAAUAAAACAUCUCUUAGAUGUUAUUACAGACAAUAGGUUAUAAUAGUCUCCGGUGAUUUUCGAAAAAAUCUUCUUUUAUAGAAACUGAAGUAUGAAAUAUAUGCACAAUAAGAGAUAAAUUGAAGUAACCACAAAAUAUCAUGCAUCAAAUAGUAGAUAAAAUAAUACUUCUACGAAAAAUACGCUUUUUAGCUUGAUUAUUAGGACAAAAUUAUACGUCUAGGUAGAAACCGAGACGCAAUAUCCACGGAAAUUGGCUUCGAGCCAUGACGCCGUUUGCUAUUUCAACGUGAUUCAGAAUUCUCUUGAGAUAUAUGUAUAUUGUGAUGGACACAGAAGACAUUACAACGACAUUCCCUCGUUUGUGUAGGUAUUAAUAUGAAUAAGCUAUUUGUAGAUAGAUGCUAAUGCUUUCAUUAUUGCCAUUGUUUAUUUGUCAAUUGUAAUUCUAAAGUACAAAUUUCUCCAAUCAGGAAUUUCAUCUUUAUAUUGAUUUUUGUGCAGUUCUGUGACUGUUUAUUGUAUUGGUUUAGAUAAACAUGAUCAUUCUGCAUAUAAACCAUCAAUUCUAAAUUGUAGUUUAUAUAAAUUCAAAUAUCUUCGUGUAAACAGAUACCUAAGCUAUAUUGGGAAAAUAAUUGUGUAAAACAAACAUGCCAUAGGAUAAAAAGUAAAACAAAACAAAGAAAAUUUUGCAAACGUAAAAGGAAUAUGAAUGAAUAGGAAACAAAGUUGAAAUUGGAAAGAAACUUAAAAGUUCCGCCAGUGCAAAUAUAUAAUUGCGACGGCUAAGCAUUGAAGAAAAUUGUACAUUAGGAAAUAUUUUAAUUAGCAGAAUUUAAAUAGGUAAUAGUUGAAUCUAUAAUGUAGCAAAAAGUGGAAUAUCAAUAAAGCUACUCACGGAACAACUUUUUUCAGAUCAUAUAGAAACGUGCCAAAUUGUUGGGUUCUUGAUAGUUAUAGUAAACAUGAAUAAACUAAUGUUGUUUAUAUUUUUAACUUAAUGAAAUAGUGUUAUUUAUUUAAAUGUUGUUAUUUUUAAAUUAAUUAAAUAAAGGAACGAUUUUUAAGAACUAUGUAUUUUUCAUCUUCUAUUGCAGGCACUUAACAUCUUCAUUAGCCUAUUUAUGUCCUUACUGCACAGACACAGGCUUUCCCUUUCGAUGGGAGAUCAGGAGAGGUUGCUAACUACUGCAGCUUCAGCAGGGACCAAUGGCUUAAAGUGCCUUCCGAAGCACUUUAAUCAAAAUAAUUAAUAAAUUUUUGGUCACCCAUCCUAAAAUUAAAUACAUGAUCAGAUGGCCUUCCUGUUUCACUGGUUUUUGGGGUUCUGUACCUCAAUCGGCUCAACGGAACUCUUUAGGAUCAAUCGGUUCUCUGUCUGUCACACGGUUUCAAUAAGAGGAAAAGUAUUAUUUAGUUGGUAUUCACUUUUAAAAAAAUAUGAGGGUGCUACCUUGGGCUACCUUCAUUAUGUUACAUAUAUAUCUUUAUAUAUAAAAUUCUUCUGUGAGUGUGUAUGUCACUGAACUUCUCUUAAACGACUGGACCGAUUUUGAUGAAAUUUUUUGUGUGUGUUCAAGGGGAUCUGAGAAUGGUUUAGAUUCACAAUUUUUUUUAUGGCGGUACGAAGUUCGCUGGGACAGCUAGUAUACAUAUAUAACUUCAUGGCUCCCACACAACAGACGUGAUUUUUUGACAUUUUUUGUUCGAUAUUAAUAUCCUUGGGCGAGUCCGACUCACAUUUGGCCGGUUUUUAGCAAUUGUCAAGUGUUAUUUGCGAUUUUUAUGAGGCGCAUCAAAUACAGCAGACGACUUUCGUGGUAGAGUGUACCACAAAAAUAUUCAGAGUCAUCUUCCGAGUUCCUGCAUUUCAAUUCCGGUAGUAAAUGUAGUUAUGUAUAUAAAAAAGAGAGUUCGUAUUCUAAGCCAUGGCAGUUUAUACAUAUUUACACUUAAAUAAACAUGUCAUGUAUCAUUUUUUGCAGUUCUUUCAGUAACCCUCAUGUUACCCUAGUACUUAUAUGAUACCUACAAGUUUGAGUGUCACAGAAAGAUGCAGCGUGCGGUCGGGGUGGCUGCCAGUUGUAUUCGCUUGCAAUGUGAGCGAAUGUUUAAACACUAGACCAAUUAGGGCUGACAGCGGCCGCAGGCCACCUCUGUCUGUGAGACCCUUAACCCAAGCCUUACAUAUUAUACUUUGCAGCUAGCCAAAGGAAAUUUAUGGUCAAGUGAAGCAAAAGGUGCGAAAACUAAAAUAGCUCUUACAAUGCCUAAUCAAACUUUAUAACAAACACAACCAGUUAUUUAUAUACAAACUAAUAAUUUCCAUCAUGAACAUGAACCAAUUAAAACAUAGAGGACGUCAACGACGGGCACUCCUUGCAAAUGGCUCUCUUCUCAAUAUCGUCUAUCCGUGUGGUCAGCUCGGAGAUGUGCUUCUCGAUGGCUCUGACGUCACUUCUGAAGCUUGUCACCGUGGCGUCUAACUCCGUCAAAUACUGUAUCUUGUUGCUUAGCUCAUCGUACUUCUGCGAUAUGAAGUCUCUUGCGUUUUGGGAAUCGGUAAGUUCCUUCUCGAUUUUGUGCACGAUCUCGUAACGUAGCUCGUCGAAUUUCGACUCCAAGCUUGGUCCCAACAAAUGUGCCCCCUUUAUCGCCAGCUCUUCCUCGAGACGCAUUUUACUCGGCAGUUUCGUAUGGCAAGCCAUUGUAAUCAAUGGUAAGGUUUGUUCACUCGAAACAAUUUUAUUUUGUCAUAAUCCCCGAUCAUUUUACGUGGUGAAUUUGUAAUUUGGUGAAAUUUUUUCCGAAAUGCCGAAACGUGUCAAAAGGGAUACCUAUUAUUUCAACAUGUAAACGUCCUGUCAGUUUUUAUUUAAAUUUAGAUUACAAUGUUUUUGUACCGUUGAGGUUCAAUAUGCCUUUAGUUAUUGUUCUGAGUUCAGAAUAAUAACCGAAGUCAUAAUUUAGAGGUUCUGAGUUCAAUGACAUAUGAAUGGGAAUAUAGCUUUUGGAGGAGUUGAAUGACGUAUUGGUUAGCCAUAACAGUCCAUAUCACAAAGUUCACAACGCGGCGUCUUUUAUAGCGUGACCUUAAUGUGAUUACAUCAAGGAAGUUACAUGCUUAAUGUAAGGUAUAUAACUUCCUUGGGUUACAACAUGGUUAUUAGGUGUGGGCGUUUUUAGAAUAACGAUGCGCGAUAACGAUGCCAGAGUUGGAUGCGCGCAUCCGAUGCGACUGGAUGCCAUUAUUGGAUGCCGAUGCCAUCUAGUUUUUGUCAACGUUACUAUAGUAACAGUGCCACAAACUCAUGUGCCGGUGAAGAUGUCGCUAGCGGUGAACAAAUAUGUCAAAGAUGUCACAAUACUAUGGAUAAAUUGGAUAGUUCCAAUUCUUGCCACCGGCACUGAAAAGUUUGUGAUACUACGAUACUGACAUUCACUUGGCAUCGAUGCGAUGCCGGCAUCGGUGCGCGGAUCCGAUGCCAUUUAUCUGAUACCGAUGCGCAUCGAUUUCACAAAUAUCUGGGAACGCCCAUCUCUACUGGUUAUACUAAAAAUAUAUUGCCUUAAAUUCCUCUGUGCCGUCCUAAGCCGUUGGUACCGGGUGUUGCAUCUGCAGAGUAUAUUGAUCCGUAUGCACCGCGUCAGACUUCUUGAGCACCAACCACUGACAAGAGCUGUCACAGACUACUGCGGAGGCUUGCUCCGCAGUAGCAAUUUUAAAUACAAAAACCUCUACUACACAAGUUUAUUUCUCUGUGGUUUUGCUCAAGAAGUUUGCGUCUACCUAUAUAAUGAAUCCAUGUUGUGGGUCAUGUUUUACCUAUCUAUUCUCACAUACUUUUGUACCUAUAUAUUCUCAUUUCUGUGCAUAUGAAACAACUAAGUCCUGGCAUAAACCGGCAUUAAUAGUGAUUUAUAUCCUAACAAUGGGGACACUAAAUAAAUAAGUAAUUAGAGGACAUAAAUUAUGAUGAUAAUAAUACAAUCGUUGAAGCUUAUUCUGCUUAAAUAAAAUUAUAUUAAUAUCUGAACGAUCCUGUAUGGUGGGAUUUCUGUCGGCUCCUUGUUAUAAUAACGCUUUGAAAAGAUGUGCAAUUUAUAAUAAACAAUAUUCUCACAAGACCUGAUUUAUGUUAUUUGAUUUAUUUCAAUUUCAUUAUUUAUGACAUGACGCUUAGCGAGACCUAUCAUUCAUCCAUUAUUUAUGAUAAUAAUAAAUCAAUGAAUAUUCUUUAUUGCACUGAAAGACAGUUUUUCAGAAAUACAAAAAACAGAAAUGUAAAAAUAAAAGGCUGCCUUAUUGCUAACUAGCUGUACCCCGCGGUGUUACCCGCGUUUUAUUAGGGAUAUUUUCCUGCAGUAAAACGUAACCUAUGUAUUAUCCUAUGUAAUCCAGGGUGUCAGCUAACUCCAUACCAAAUUUUAUUAAAAUCGCACCAGCCGUUUAGAUGUGAAGAAGUAACAAACACACACUCACAAACUUUCGCCUUUGUAAUAUUAGUGUGAUAAUUAUAAUUUAGUGAUACCUACCACUGCACUUUCUCCCUACCAUUUUCCAAGACAAUACUUGUUAAUACGAGAAGAAACACAUUGCAGGCCGGCAAGGUGAGGAUGG